AUGACCACCAACCGGCCCUUCUUCUCGAAUUUCCUUGCAGCGUUUCGUGCCCAGUCGGCCAUCCAGAAGGCCGCUACAUCGCCUUCUCAAUCCACAUCCCAUGCCUCCUCAUCCGCAACACGCACAAUAACAACCAAGGCUGGGCCGUCUUCGGCGGGCUCCACGGCUGCAGCUGUGCAAGCAACUGGCCAGUUUCAGCCAACACGGCAGCACACUGCUCCUUACCACCGAUCGACAUCGCCCACGGCAAAGGCAUUCCCAAUACCUGGUGCUUCGCGAAAAAAUCGAAGAGGCUCGGACAGCUCAUCAGAAGGAUUCCGCGAGGUCAUAGGAUCAGAGAAGUGGUAUAUUGGUGGUCGUACCGCCACUGGAGAAGAGAAGUUUUACAAGCUGGGUAUGGUGAAAAGACAACGAAGCGUAGACCGACUCAGCCUUGAUAGGCUCAGUAUAUAA